AUAUUUUAAAACAAUAGAAUUUAUACAUAAACGUUUAUCCACUUGCCAACACGUUGCACUCUAUUACGGACAUGAAAUCGUGGUGGAAAGAGAUAAAAUCCGCUUUAAAAUCUAAAUCUGGAUCGAAAAAAUCAAACAGCGUCAUUCCUAAACAAGAUUUCAAUUCUGAUAAUUUGGGGAUCGGACUUAGCAAUAUGAAUCAUUUAAAUCCUGUUUAUUAUAGAAGGGCAAAUAGUUUCUUAGAGUUGGAAUGGUUAAACAAGCACCAAAUUCCCGAUAAAUUCAUGUGGAAUGAUGACAGGAAAUUCAGCAAAAUUAUCGAAAUAGGAAUAGAAGCAUUUCCUACAAAAGAUUCUACUGCUAUCAAAUUUAACAUGAACGAUGGAAGUUCAAUGGUUAGUAAAACAUUUUACAAGAGGCCAUUGUUUGUCGACAUUUCGGAUAAAGAUAAAAAGAUAAAAUCGCAAGAAGACGCUGAAAUUACAGCAGACAAAGAGAUUGACUUUGAGGAAAAGAAUCCGAAUUUAACACGUCAAAAAAUCAAUUCCGAAAAUUUUGGGCAAAAUGAAAUUGAAGAAAAUCCAGAUAUUCCUCCUCCCUGCGAUGGCGCCAAAGCAACACAAGAUCGUGAUGACGUACAGAAAAUAAGCCAUGAAAAAUCACUUGAAAAAAUAAUUGACAUUAAAAAUGAAACAGAAGAUAAGAGCCACACAGAUAUGCAAAGAAUAAAUCAUUCUAAUAAUAUUGAGAAUCAAAUAGCAGUUGAAAAAGGAACCCAGACAUCAAUCAUUGCCUUACAAGAAUCUUUAAAUGAAACAUCAAAGAGUGAAAAAGAAACUGAUCCCACGAUUCUAGAACAAGAAUCUCCAGAGAUGGUUUAUUUCCAGUCUUUUAUUGAAUUCCUGACAGACGAUAAUAGUUUCCUAAGCGAUGAGGAAUACUAAAUCCUAAAAUUUUAUCGCCAUCUUGUAAAAUUAUAUUGAA